AUGACCUUUUUUCGAUGGGAGCUUUGGGAUAGGAUACGAGAGAGCUAUAGUAUCAAGCGAGCAAUCUAUCAGAUUUCCAAGACAAAGGAUGCAUACGUUAUGUGUCGGAAUAUCCAUAUGGAUUCGUUCGUCGUUGACACAUUCAUGCGCUUAAGCGAUGUUGAUAAAGGACCACUACCAUUCUUUUACGAUGCGCAAUUCACCUUUUUAUAA